GCCCGAUCAGACUUUGAUCCUAUUCAGCAAAAAGCCUGCAUUCAAGCUCUGCGUUUAGCGAGCGGGUUUGCCAAUACCUCGUGUGGCCCGGCUCAAUAGCACUUCCAAUAAUCCAAAGUGCAGACACAGGACUGGUAUUUGAGAGCAGAUUAAUUGCAUUAACAUGAGAGCACAACUUGAUCUACUGCCUUUUCAUUUUUUGCUCUUUUUUCAACUAUUUGAUUUGAGUUGAUGUGCUGACAACUAUCAUUCUGCAGGUGCUGAAGAAAAUACUGAUCAUGACCAGAACAUACUGAGAAAUGUUUUUGGAACUUGACAACUAGGCCUGGUGGUGCUGUUAACCAUCCGGUGGAAAUUACAAAAAAAAAAAAAAAACACACACACACACAAAUCUUGGAAAUGCCAUUUGGUGACCUCCUGGAGCAGGUGGGCAGCACGGGCCGCUUCCAGAUCCUGCAUGUAACCCUGCUGAGUAUUCCAGUGCUCCUAAUGGCCAGUCACAACCUGCUGCAGAAUUUCGUGGCGGCCGUGCCUCCCCACUACUGCAGUGCACAUGCGAACAUCUCUCAGCGACAGCUCAGCCCGCAAGAAAUCUUAACAGUCACUGUGCCUUUGGACCAAACGGGCAAGCGUCAGAGCUGCCGGCGCUAUGUUGCGCCACAGUGGCACCUCCUGGACACGAAUGCAACUUUGAAAUACCAGGAAGAAUUGGACGAUAUUAGCCUCCAGGAAUGCACUGAUGGUUGGUCUUACAAUAUGACUGGCAUGACCUCCUCAAUCAUAGCGGAGUGGGAUUUGGUGUGCGAUCUGCGCUCUUUGAAGCAAAUGGGCCAAACCGUCUACAUGGGAGGUGUUCUUGUGGGAUCCAUUGUCUUGGGAAGUCUUGCUGACAAGUUCGGACGACGCAUCCUAUUGAUCAUUUCCCACCUGCUGAUGGCAGUGGCCGGGACGGGUGCUGCUUUCUCCACAUCCUUCCCCAUCUUCUGCCUGUGCCGCUUCGGUUGCGGAAUGGCUCUGUCCGGCAUAGGCCUCAACACCUUCUCGCUCAUCGUGGAGUGGAUCCCGACCCGUGUUCGGACCGGAGUGGGCACCAUCACAGGUUACUGUUACACGGUGGGACAGUUACUCCAGGCGGCUAUCGCUUACUUCAUUCGGGACUGGAGGUGGUUGACCUUGGCGGUGUCUUCACCGUUUUACAUCUUCUUCAUCUACUCAUGGUGGUUUCAUGAAUCUUCAAGAUGGUUGGUCCUGAGCCAAAACUACGACAAAGCCAUCAAGAACCUUAAAAGCGUCGCUAAAAUUAACGGACGUCAUAAGGAGGGCGACAAAAUUGACAUUAACAUGGUGCAAGAGUCUAUGAAGAAAGAGAUGUCAUGCUCCCAAGGCUCCUACACUGUCAUAGAUCUGUUCCGUACUCCCACCAUGCGCUCGAUGACAAUCUGCCUCGGUGCUGUCUGGCUAUCAACAAGCUUUGCCUACUAUGGGCUAGCCAUGGACCUCCAGAAGUUUGGGGUGGACUUCUACUUAAUCCAAGUCAUCUUUGGGGCUGUGGACAUCCCCGCUAAAGUGGUCAUAAGUCUGACUAUGAGUUUUAUCGGACGCCGUCCAUCCCAAAGUGGCGCCCUUAUCAUUGCUGGAAUUACAGUAUUGAUCAACCUCAUGGUACCUCAAGAGCAUCAGAUGCUGCGCACCUCUCUGGCGGUUAUGGGGAAAGGCUGUCUCGCUGCCUCCUUCAAUUGCUGUUACCUUUACUCUGGAGAGCUCUUCCCCACCAUUAUUCGUCAGAAUGGAAUGGGUAUGGUUUCGAUGACGGCUCGCGUGGGAGCCAUGGUGGCCCCCAUGGUGCUCCUGAGCAGUGACUACAUACCUUGGCUGCCGGGUUUGAUCUACGGAGGAGCUCCCAUCAUCAGUGGAGUGGCUGCCAUGUUCCUCCCGGAAACGCUCGGGUCGCCACUUCCUGACACGAUACAAGAUGUGGAAGACAGGGGCUCUGGGAGAGUGUCCAAAACGCAACCAAAGCAAGCAGCCGCUAUGCAAGACACUGAGGCCAAUCUCCUGAAGCAGGUCGUCUGAAUGCAUCAAAAACUGAUAGGAAAUUCAGUGUGUACUGCUGUUUUUUGUUGUGAUUUUACUUUAUUCUCCUCAUCGCCUGUAUGACUGCUGAGAUUUAUGCUAGAUAUAGACAGGUCAAUCGUGGGGGGAGAAAAAAAAAAUCACAUGGUUGUGCUGUAGCAUUAUGGAAUUCAGUGGUGCUGGGGACUCAGUGCUUUGUAUUAAAAGAAAAAAAUCACAUUAAGGAAGUUCUUUAUAUAAUAAAAUUGCAUUUAUGUUUGUA